AAGAUUGUUCCCUUUUUUUUUUUUUAUCAUCUAGAAAAUAAAUAUUUAUCUUAUUUUCUUUCUGUAGAAGGUUGUGAAGGUCCUGCACGGAGAGCACGCAGUCGAAAAUUCGAGCUUUCCUCUCCUGACCUGGGCAAAAAUACGCGACCAAAUGUCAGUUACUCUGCACACUAAUCUCGGUGAUAUUAAGUGCGAGAUCGCUUGCGAUGAGGUCUCCAAAACGGCUGAGAAUUUUUUGGCACUAUGUGCUAGUGGUUAUUAUGAUGGAACCAUAUUUCACCGAAAUAUUAAAGGUUUUAUGAUUCAAGGUGGAGACCCAACAGGUACGGGCAAAGGGGGGACCAGCAUAUGGGGCAAGAAGUUCAAUGAUGAGAUCAGAGAGUCUCUUAAGCAUAAUGCGAGGGGUACACUAUCAAUGGCCAACAGUGGACCUAACACUAAUGGAAGCCAGUUUUUUCUAACUUAUGCUAAGCAACCCCAUCUCAAUGGAUUAUACACUGUAUUUGGCAAAGUAAUACAUGGCUUUGAAGUCCUUGAUCUCAUGGAGAAGACUCAAACAGGACCAGGUGAUCGACCUCUUGCAGAGAUAAGGAUCAAUAGAGUAACGAUACAUGCGAAUCCUCUUGCUGGCUAGUUGCAUCUUUGAAUGUCUGAUUGGGUAGCAUUAUGACUACAUGUUGGCAUGUUUUUAACAUUAAUUUUGGGAUGGGAUUGGAUUGAUUAUAUAGAGAAAGUGAGACUGCUGGUGCUACCCGUAGUUUAAUGUAAAGCAGCAUUUUGGUAAACUAGAAAUUAAUAUUGUAACCUUUAAAGUUAGUGUUCUGUUAUGACAUAUUUAAAGCUUUCAAACUUUUAUGGUAUAAGAACUUAAUCGUA